AGUUACUUGAGUCAAAAUCUUCCCAGCCACCCGGAUUAUACAAUAUCUCAAACCGAUAAUAACUGAGAACGUUAUGGACCGACCGACGUUCAGAGUCAUUAUUGUUGGCGGCUCCAUCAGUGGCUUGACCUUAGCGCAUUGCCUAACUCGAGUCGGUAUCAGCCAUAUGGUUCUGGAAAAAAGAGAUGAGAUCGCCCCGCAAGAAGGAGCUUCAAUAGGCUUGUGGCCUAACGGUUCUCAAGUUCUCCAACAGCUUGGGCUCUACGAUGACUUGGACAAAUUUACAGAGCCACUUCGAAAGUUGCAUGUUUCUUACCCAGACGGCUUCUUCUUUAGCAAUGCCUUCCCAGAAAAAAUUCAUAGAAGAUUCGGUUUACCUAUCGCUUUCCUGGAAAGGCAAAAGCUGCUGCAAGUCCUGUAUGAACGAUAUCCGGAGAAAUCUAAUAUCAUAUUGAAGAAAAAGGUUGUCGAGGUUCGACCACUUGAUCAUAGCGUUUGUGUUAUAGCUGAGGAUGGAAGUGUUUACCACGGCGACCUGGUUGUUGGUGCUGAUGGAGUCCAUAGUCGCGUCAGGUCUGAAAUGUGGCGACUGUCUGAUAUGAAUGCCCCGGGAAUGAUCACACUCGGUGAAAGGAAAAGUAUGACUGUUGAAUACGCCUGUGUUUUUGGGAUCUCAUCACCGGUAGCCGGGCUCCAGAGUGGAGAGCAUAUCAACUCAUUUUUGGACGGCUUAACGGUUUUAACGUUCCAUGGGAAGGAUGGCCGUGUCUUUUGGUUCAUUAUCCGAAAGCUGGACCAAAAGUUCAUUUACCCAAAUAUUCCUCGGUUCUCCGCCAAUGAUGCAGCAGAUCUCUGUGAUCGGCUGGGAAAUGUACCUAUCUGGAAGGACAUCUGUAUCCGGCAUAUAUGGAGAAACAAGGAAAUUGCUUCGAUGACUGCCCUGGAGGAAGGUAUUUUCAGAACAUGGUGUUUCGAUCGUAUUGUUCUAUUGGGGGAUAGUGUGCAUAAAAUGACUCCAAACAAUGGCCAGGGAGCAAAUAGCGCCAUUGAAGAUGCCGCUACUCUAGCCUCACUCGUGAACCGGCUCAUUUGCACCGAGGGUGUUGCGAACCCGUCCGCUCCACAGAUCGAUACACUACUUCAAGAGUAUCAGGCAUUGAGAUAUUACCGCGUAGGAAGGGUAUAUAAGCGGUCGCGAUUUGCAGUUCGUUUUCAAACACGUAACGAUCUUUUCAAAUCUCUUGUUGGUCGAUACCUGCUUCCAUACGCAAGCGAUCGCCUGGCAGACAUGGUGUCGGGACUCGUCGCUGAUGGGGAUAUCAUUGAUUUUCUUCCUCCGCCCAAGCGAAUCGGAUCCGGGUGGUCACAGUAUAGCACUGGUGGGCACCCAGAUCUUCUGGUAUCGAGACCUUUGCUUUCUCUGCUUCUCCUUGGUUCAUUCUGUGUCAUGCUUUCGACAUACUUGAUAGCUUAUUCUCCACAUCUUGUUUCGUGUAUGCCCACGUUUUUGAAUCAAUAG